GCAAUUUAAAAGGCGUUGGAGGCUUGGAGCCAAAACCACUUGAAAAGAGCAGCCCGGAGAGCGACAGGCAUAGCGCCCAAAGACAUGAGCGUGAGCGCGACCGGCCGGCGGCGACGCGGAAGAACGAACGGGGAUCCAAGCGGUGAUCGAACGCCGGGGCCGCCCGGGUGAGAGAAACCCAGCAGUUACUGUUGUUAGCUACACUACACCGUCGCCAACGCCAAGGCGGCGGCAGCAGCAGCAGCAGCAGCAGCACUAGCAGCUACGGGCCGCAGCGGCUUUGCAGUUGCAGCCUUGCUGCUUGCGGCACAGCGGCGCGUCAAAACUGGCAGCCAGACGGUGUCCACACUCUCUCUUAUCUCUUCAUCCCGCUCUUAACCUUGCUAAGCCCCCUCUUAGCUUUGCCCUGCCAUCCAUAACUCCGAGAAGAGAAUCACACUACACACAGGCCAGGCCGCCAGGCGAAAGAUACACCUGCCGCCGCCCGGCCGGCUCGUGGUCGUGCGGCAAGCUGAUCGACGGCGGCCGCAUGGACUUCGACGACCACGACGAUGGCGACGAGGAGAUGGCGCCGAUGCCGGUGAGCUCCAGCUACGAGGCCCCGCCUCUGGCAGUGGCAGCUGGCGGGUUUGCUGGCGGCGUGGCGGCGGCGCCCAAGCCGCCCGUCGGUGAGCCCGGCGGCGGCCGCGCCAGCAAGGCCCCGAGCGGCCUCGGCCUUGGCGGCCUCCACGGCGCCGGCGGCGGGAGGUACCGCGAGUGCCUCAAGAACCACGCGGUCGGCAUCGGGGGCCACGCCGUGGACGGGUGCGGCGAGUUCAUGCCCGCGGGCGAGGAAGGCACGCUGGACGCGCUCCGCUGCGCCGCGUGCAACUGCCACCGCAACUUCCACCGCAAGGAGUCCCCCGCCGCCGCCGAGGGCUCGCCCAUCUCCUCCGCCGCGCUGGUCGCCUACGGCGGCACGCCGCACCAGCACCACCACUUCUCCCCGUACUACCGCACCCCGGCCGGCGCCGGAUACUUCCACCACCACCACCACCAGCAGCCGCCGCCGCUCCAUCACAUGGCGCACACGCCACGGCCGCUGGCGCUGCCGUCCACGUCCCCACACAGCGGGCGCGACGACGGCGACGACCUGUCCGGGAUGCCCAUGUCGGCGAUGGGGCCGCUGACGCUGAGCGGCAUGUCCCUCGGCGGCAGCGGCGGCGCCGGGCCCUCCGGCGGCUCGGGCGGGUCCGGGUCUGGCAAGAAGCGGUUCCGCACCAAGUUCACCCAGGAGCAGAAGGACAAGAUGCUGGCGUUCGCGGAGCGCGUCGGGUGGCGCAUCCAGAAGCACGACGAGGCCGCCGUGCAGCAGUUCUGCGACGAGGUCGGCGUCAAGCGCCACGUGCUCAAGGUGUGGAUGCACAACAACAAGCACACCCUCGGCAAGAAGCCGUAGCCCGUAGCUAGCAGCAUCCACCGUCGAACGCAUGUAGUACUACGUACCAGGACGGAAGAAAAGCCACACGAUCGAGCGCGCGGUGGAUCGAUCGCAGAUCGAUCGACGGUGGCCGUGGCCAUCCUCUCCGUCUCCGGUAGGUAGUAGUACCUGCAUCAACUUCUUUGUUAGCAAUAGCCAAGCAUUCGGCUCCGGCGCCUUCUUCGUGGCGGCGUAGGUUAGUUGCAGUAACUCGAUCGUAGCGAGCUGCUGCUCCAUGGAUCAUCUUCUUGGCUUUAUUAGGCGGUUCUUUUAUUUCUCAUUUUAUUUAACCGUACUUGCUGGUGUUGUUUAUUAGUUCCUGCGGCAUGGCCAUUUGCCGGUUUGGUUGCUUCUUGGAGUAGAGUAUUCUUCUUCAAUCAACGGGAAGGAAAUGUACUUUUGCGAUGCGCAGCCGAUCGAUCCAUGGAUGUUCUGCCGGCGAACAAGUGUAUCGAGAUUUGGGGAUUGGGGUUGCAUGGAUUCUGUUAUUCUACAA